AUGUUGAAUAAAAUCGUUGUCAAUGCGUACAAUCUAUGGGUCGUGGUAUUCGUCGCCAUUGGCACGAUUGCCAGUGCCUACGGUCUAGCCAUCAUCGGAUCCACCGUCGGACAACCAAAUUUCUACAUCUACUUCAAUCUACCAGCAGAAGGCCAAUCAGGAUAUGCUCACACAACGAACAUGAUUGGUGCCUUGAACGGCAUCAAUUCAGCAGGAGCAAUUGUCGGAUGUCUUCUUCAGGCGUGGACAGCAGACUACUACGGUCGCAAGCAUACCAUACAAAUUGGCUGCGUAGUCUUGAUUAUUGGAGGUGCAUUAUGUGCAGGCGCAGUCAACAUGGCCAUGUUUCUUGCUGGCCGAUUCAUCGCUGGUGUUGGUGCUGCCAUCCUCGCCUGCAUCGUUCCUAUAUAUCAAGCUGAGGUUUCGACCGCCGAGACUCGAGGCGCAAUGGUCGCUGUGACGGGAAUUAUGUAUGCUGUUGGAUAUACUCUAGCUGGGUGGCUUGGGUUUGCAUGCUACUAUAUGAAAGCAACUAGUCCUGCGGCGUCAUUUUCUUGGAGAUUUCCAUUAGCAUUCCAAGUGAUAUUUCCUCUGAUUGUUCUUGCUGGAAGUUCCCUGAUACCUUUUUCGCCCCGGUGGCUACUGCAACAAGGAAAAGCAGAAGACGCCUCUGAAAUCGUGAAGCGACUCCAUAGUACGCCAGAUGAUGUCCACCACGCCAAGGCCAAGCAGGAAUUCGAUCUCAUUGCAAGACAAUUUGAACACGACAGAUCAAUGACUAUCCGUCGAUUUGAACUCUUCCGCACUCCUGCCAAUCGACGGCGCGCUUUGAUUGCUUUCAUACUAAUGUGGGGAGACCAAUUUCUUGGUGUGUUUGUCAUGACAAACUAUGGUGUUCUUAUAUACGCCAGCCUUGGUCUCGGUGGCUCAAUACCUCUUCUUCUGAACGCUUGCUGGACGAGUUUUACUCUAAUUGGAAACACAUGGACGGCCUUCUAUGUUGAUCGAGUUGGUCGACGAAACUGUUUGCUUAUCGGUUCCAUCGGUUGUACCGUGUCUGUCAUGUGUCUUUGCGCCCUGACAGCCCAGUAUCUGGGAACAGAUAAUAUUGUAGGUCUUCGGGGAGCAGUGUUUUUUGUGUUUUUCUUCAUCUUCUGGUGGUGCUUUUUCAUCGAUGCGACGCAAUACAUCUAUGUCGCAGAGAUAUUUCCAAAUCAUUUACGUUCGCAAGGCGUCGCGCUCGGGCUCAGCAGUUUCUAUCUCGCUUCUGAGGUCACACUGGUGGCCGCCCCCGUGGCUCUCAACAGUAUUGCUUGGAAGUUCUACCUUGUGCUCAUCGUUCCGUCUCUUUGCUAUAUCUUGGCAAUCUACUUUCUGUUCCCAGAAACGAAGGGCCGGACUUUGGAGGAAAUUGGUGCCCUCUUUGGUGAUGAGGCUAAUGUUGUGUCUCAGUGGUACAAUGUUACCCAGUUAGAUCGGGAAAGAAUUGCACAGGAAACUUUUCAUGAGAAGAAAGGUGGCUCUCCUAGUGAUAGCGCACAGGAGAGUGACGCCAAGCCAGCCGUUGUUCAUGAAGAAGGAUUGUGA